AUGCUUGAAGAAGCAGCCAUAAUCUUUAUCAGCACGUCGAACUGGAACGGUUGGACGGCGGCGGAAGCAGCAGCGCAGCAGUAGCCUAUACCUAUACCAAAAGUCGCGUACAGGUAUCCAUAAUUCCAUAUUCCACGUGAAUUCGUGAAUUUCCAACAGUCGUGUAGUCGCUUUUUCCAGCACGUUCGUCGGCAUUGAAACUGGUUCGGUUCGGUUAGGUUAGGUACGGUACCGGGUGUGAUCUUUAGAUUGUGCGAUCGUGUGAUCGCGAUCAGUUAGCGAGUGCUUAUCAGUCGUAUAGAGAAUUUACCAAAUACAUACGAGUGACUCGAGAUUUUCUUCCUUUUUUUGCGAGCGGUGAUUUUUCCAAUUUCGUUCAAUUUACUGAUUUGUUUCUUUCGCGAUUAAAAUAUAACAAACUGGUUUCGUAAGGUGUGCGGCACGAUGCGGCCGUUUUUUCUAAUCUCACCCUGCUGACAGUGCAGUAUUUCUACGCGAGCUUAUCGUAGCAACUUUUCAUCGUUACGAGUUGGUUUUUUUGAUCCUCCAGCGUACCGGAUCGAAUAUUAGGCAACAAGCUGGAAAAUUUAACGAAAAAAUGGCUCAUGCCGGGUACAGCACGCUGAUGACGUGGCUCAGUCUACCUCUAUUCGUUUCCAGCGUGCACAAUAAUGAUUGGAAACCAAUGAAAUCUAAAUUAGAUGUGAUUAUAGAGCCGAAUUCAUUGCCGCAAAUGCGUCUUCCAAGCAGAAAAAUAUCUCCCGUCGUAAACUCGUGUUCAUUGUACAAAGCGUCGAUGGAUCAACACACCUUUCAUCAGUAUAUUCAGUACAAACAUCACAUACCAGAUUUACACGAGUUCACUUUAUGCGCGUGGAUUAAAUUAUUCAAUUAUUCCGCAGAUCAUACGAUUUUCUCGUACGGACAACCCCACAAGUCGCAAAUUAUCGGCGCCAAGAUAUCCAACACGCCGAAGAAAACGUGGUAUUCGUUAAUUGUGAAUGGACACACAUUGUACCGCAUUAAUUACCCGGUGAAGUUGUUCAAAUGGUACCACGUAUGUCAAUCGUGGAACGGGAAAACUGGCGAAUGGCAAAUUUGGAUAAAUAGCGAACGAAUAUCCAGAGGGUACUACAAUCUGAUGGUCGGUAAAACGAUUAAAAGCGGAGGAACAGCCAUCUCCGGCCAAGAUCAACUCGAUCACGACGUGACGUUCAGUUUCAAGAAAAGAAGAGUCGGCUUCCAAGGUGAAAUCACGCUAUUACAGUUGUACAAAGCGGCUUUAUCUAAAGGUAAAGCGUACUCGGAUCACAGACACCACCACGGCCAAAGUGACGAAGAUCAUCAAGAACCCACGGCAGAUCCAAACGCCGAAGAUGAUCCUUCCAAAGAGUUAACGACUGAGCACCCGUUUUUGGAAAAUGGUCAACUAAAACCUCGUUUACCAGUGGACGAAUUACUGGCUAAAGAUCCGGCUUCUGCAUUAACCGAUCCUCUGUUCCCUUCCGAUGGUGCGGAUUCGGCAGCGAUGCUUUUAAACUUGAAGGAGACGUCGUUCGAUUCGAGUUUCCCUCAUUUGUUCAAUUUUCCUCGCAACAGAAACGGAGAGAAGAAGUUGAAAUUUGACAACAUUCUUGGAAGAUUGAAACGCAACCUGGAUGACCAUUCUGACCAUUCUUCUGCAACGGCGGCAGCAGAAAAUGACCAAUUUGGUCGACGUCGUUCACUUCAACAAACGAAAUCGGCGAAGAAAUAUCAACCAGAAGACAUAAGACCGGAUUUGGGCGAGAAUAAGAGGGUGCUGAUGUUAAGUCAUCCUCCUACUGGAUUCGAUUCGCAUCUCAGCCUCAACUCUGGCUUUUCACCAUUUUAUUCUGGACCGAAUGCGCAUCCUUAUCACGACACCCACUCUAUAUUCAAAGAAGACUUCUUCAAUCAAGAACGAUUCCCAACUAAACUAGAAUACGAACCUGCCGAAUGGGAGGUUCGUAAAAUUGGCGAAGUUUGUAGCGCUUGCGACGAAGAUCCGUUCCGCAAAGCGAAUGUUUUAUCGUGGCAAGAAACUCCGAAAAAGUUAUUCGCCGGCGCCGAAUAUAUUCCCGCCAUUCCGAAAUGCCAUAUUUUCUAAGUACCAGUCGACUUUCAUCUGAUUUUUAUCUUCCCCCGUGUAUUAUUUAUACUUUUAUUAUGUAAUAUAGGUCAAAAUGUCCUAAUUUCCAAUGUGGAAAUAUCGUUGCGUUCUUUUCUUGUUACGCAAUGCUCAAGACUUUCAAAUUUCAAUAAGGUAAGAUGCAGGAUACAUAUGUACCGAUGCAUACCUAUACGAUUACUUAUUGCAAUAUAUUGCUACUCUCGGUACCUUAGUAAUGUACAGUAGGUACGUAUAGAUAAAUAAGUAAUUAUUGAGAUUCGUUGUUACCUAUUAAAUAAUUCGUUUUUCA